AUUACUACGCAGUCAAGUUCCCCUCGAGCAUUUCAAAUUACCCCCUCAAACUUCCCCUUUACUAUGUCUAUAAAAUGGGUUCCCUCCAGUCUCUUCGUCUCCCAUUGUAUCCUGAUCUUCUACCACAAUGUCCAAUACUAUCAGCCUGAAGUAUUUGCCCAACCUCACUCAUGACGUCGAAAGUCGUCUACACGACUACGUUGUGGAUUGUGUAGUCAACGCGGUGGAGUUCUCGAAGGGAAAUCUAUCCCCUCGUCGCUGCUGCCCCCCCUCCCAACUACCAGAGUUCGCGCUCUUCAAACAGUUUGUGACGAGGAUGAUAAAGAAAUCCGGUGUCUCUGUCCAUGGGAUCGCAGUUGCCCUGGUCUAUAUCGACCGCCUGAAGCAGGAGGAAUUGCUUACAAACUAUAAGGAAGCAGUUUAUGAACGCUUGUUCAUAGGAGCUCUUAUCUUAGCCUUGAAACAUCUGGGCCAUGGUAAUUUGACGACGAGUCACGACUGGGCAAGGAUGAGCCUGUUGUUCAACCCCGUGCAAAUUGAAGAAUUGGAGCUGGAGUUUAUCGUUGCAUUGGAUCACAAACUGGGUGUUGCGGGCUUUGAGCUCCUUCUGCAUCGGCUAGUGAUUUUGCAGAUCACCAGCUCUCUGACCACUCCCAGAAUAUGUCCACUCCAUGACAAUUCGUGCCCGAUGAGAGCCAACUUCUGCCCACCUCAUCACUGCUACACGAACAGUUCACGCACAUUACCAGUGCUGCAAGGGUGUGCUGACGUCAAUAAACCCCUCCCCAAGACUCCCCGCCGAAAUUACCUCCGUUCUUUGUUCUCACUCGGCAGCACUAGCUCUUUUAAUUAUGCACACUGCACGCCUUUGCGCGCUCACUGAAUCUUGCCCUUACCAUCAUAUCCUCGUUGCCUGAAUCAUGGUUAGUGGAAGCAGCGAAUGUGAGAGCCUGGUGUUGGCACGAUCUGCUAUGUCUACCCGUCGAGUAUCUCUGUUGACAUUAGUUAACAAGCAUGCAUAGUAAGUCAGUUGUAGUUAGCUUGGGAAAUAUUUGGUCAUGAUCCUAUUAGCAGAGAGCAUGACGAGCAAUUUAUACUAUUCCAC